UGGAAAGAGAAACACGCCGCCUCUCAUUUACAGCUACGCUAAAAGCCCUUCAUCUCCUUCCGCUCCAAGAAGAAGGAACCUUACACGGCGUCCCAACUGAACCUGAUGUCUGAGUCUAUAGAUCUCGGUUGUCGUAAGUCUAUGGCCUCUCAAUUUUUCCUUUCCGGGUUUGCCUUGAGCGGAAGUGAGGUCAUAAGACAAGAACAACGCCGCUCUUGAUCAGGUUGGUGAGAAAGGAUGUGAGGCUGCGGACUCGGAGCCACAGGUUAUCAUAAACCUUGACACCUGAGAGUUUUAAAAGAUCCAUGCCAGAAGUCAAAACCAUUUUUAAAAGUUACAACCUGAGGCUCAGAAAAUGGAAUCUUCAACAAACUUAGAUGUUGGUGCUCAAUUAAUUGUGGAAGACUGUACCAGCAGCUAUAGUUUGUCUCACAUGCCAGAUAUUAAAGUGGAGCAUCACCUCGAUUCCAGUGUUGAAGAAGGACCACCUCAGAGCGUUGCUAUGGGAAUGAAAUUCAUUUUGCCCAAUAGGUUUGAUAUGAAUGUGUGUUCUCGGUUUGUCAAAUCCCUGAAUGAAGAAGAGAGCAAAAACAUUCAAGAUCAAGUCAACUCUGACCUUGAAGUGGCAUCUGUAUUAUUUAAAGCUGAGUGCAAUAUCCAUACUUCUCCUUCUCCUGGGAUUCAAGUAAGACACGUCUACACUCCAUCAACUACUAAGCAUUUUUCACCUAUAAAGCAGUCAACUACUUUAACAAACAAGCACAGGGGAAAUGAAGUCUCUACAACACCUUUGCUUGUAAACUCUCUCUCCGUUCACCAGCUGGCAGCUCAGGGAGAAAUGUUAUAUUUAGCUACACGCAUAGAGCAAGAGAACGUAAUCAACCAUACGGAUGAAGAAGGCUUUACCCCUCUAAUGUGGGCCGCAGCUCAUGGGCAGAUAGCAGUGGUAGAAUUUCUGCUCCAAAACGGUGCAGACCCACAGAUUCUGGGGAAAGGGCGAGAAAGUGCACUAUCGUUGGCCUGUAGCAAAGGAUACACAGACAUUGUCAAGAUGCUGCUUGACUGUGGGGUUGAUGUCAAUGAGUAUGACUGGAAUGGUGGCACACCCUUGCUCUAUGCUGUACAUGGAAACCAUGUGAAAUGUGUCAAAAUACUCUUAGAGCAUGGUGCAGAUCCAACGAUAGAGACAGAUUCUGGAUAUAAUUCCAUGGAUCUGGCUGUAGCCCUGGGCCAUCGUAGUGUUCAACAGGUUAUUGAGUCUCAUUUAUUAACACUCCUUCAGAACAUCAAGGAAUAGUGAAGGGAAAGACUUCGUAUGCAAAGAUUCGGACUGCAUUUAACACUGCUCAACGUGAUUGGCUUGAUUUCGUGUUUAAGUCUUAGUCCAGUCAUCGAGAGGGGAAUAUCCCUCAUCAAGUGAGAGUGAAAACUCUAUUUAUAGAGUAAUGUUGCAGUCCUAGUUUGCUUCCCAUGCCUGAGGUUUUGGCAGGUCCAGCUUGCAUGCCUGUUUUAGCAGGACUGGUUGUGCAGGUAGACCCACCGGCAGCAGGCAACACGACAGCCUAUUGUGGCCCCAGCAAGCCUUCCUCACGCCCUGAUGCUUCAACAGGAUUAGAAAAACUACCAAACUCCUGAAUGUUUGGCUAAGGAGAGACGGGUGCCAACAUAGUGAAUGCUUUAUACUGCUUAAUGGCUAUGUUCAGGCACACUUUCUGAGCGACUGCUCAGUCUGUUUCGUUUCUCUUGGAUAAGAUUUUAACACAGCUCCAUUUUAUAUAGUUCACUGAUGUUCGUAAAACCAAAACCUGUCCUGCUUGUAAAUAUUUUGUUGUAACAACAUUGUUAUCUUUGAGAAAGGAAUUACGGAGUACUUUACAUUGUAUAAAUCACCUCAUUUGGUCUUUCCAGUUGUGUACUUUUACAUUUUACAGUCUAGUGCUCAGAGAACAGCAUCUGUGGCUGUCACAGCUAAAGAGCAAAGAUGUUCUGUGAAUGUAUGAUGGCUGAGAAAUUUGUACAAAUUAAGAUGAAGUACAGUAUAUAGGGAAAUCUGCUACAGGUACAAAUUAGAGAAUCACCUAAAACAACAGUAGGGCUUAUAUCUUAUUUCUGUGGUUGCUCAAAUGAAUACAGUAUGUGAAGGAGUAAGCAGUAACAGAUGUUUGAACAAGAGAGUACUUAGUUUGAUAUAGUGCAGUGUGGUUAAAGGCUCGGACCCUAACUGCAUUUACUGUACUUAAAGUGCAUUAAAGGAAUAAGUAUUGACUGUCUUGGUAAAGUUUUGGAUUAUAGCAUAAGGCUGUCAAGAUAGCAUUUUCUGGUUCUAGUUAAUGAGGUGUGAAAACUAAACUGCUGAAUAGUUUGUCUCAUUUGAGAUAGAAAUGAAAGUGUUGUACAAUUUAAGGAAGGAAAACUUGUAUGCUUUCCAGUAAUUAAACCAUUUUCUUUACACAGCUGAAGGGUGAUAGUGCAAUAACAGAUAUGUAGUAAGUUCCCCAUUCUCAGAAUCUUAUUAGCCCAGGAGUUCUAUUUAAAUUUCCUGUGUGAGGCAUUAUGCAAAUAACCCCUUCUAUAAUGUAUUGGUGUCUAAAGGUCAGAGCAAUUUUGCUCUCAAACCAUUCAGAUGUAUUGUUUUGUUUUUGUAACAUUGUGACUGAUUUUAACGUUUUUAUUAACUUUUCAUAUCUGGAUGUUCUAGAUUGUUUGAACUGUUUUAAAGAAAUUAAAGUUGUCAACCUGA